UCGCUGAGUCAACGGAAAUGGAAUAUCCUUUGUAAAAUUAUAAUCAUACGUUUCAAAAUUCUAAGUGAUUACGAUCGAGACAAUCAAAAUCCAUCGUAUCGGUUCCCAAUGAUUUAAAGAAUCGUCCAACAAUGAAAGGAAUCAGGACAUUCGUGUUGCAGGAUCUUUCUCACGUUUUACCCACAAAAAGUUUCCAGAAAAAUGUCGCGCCAAGUUAUUACCUGUCGUCGUCGCAAGUGCACACAACAUCGUCGUCUCGUCGAUUUUGGAAUUUCUUCGACUUCUCGUGCAAAGAGGAGCCGGCCAGUCGCGACGAAAAGAAGUGUCUGCCUUCCAAUGGCAUCGUCUCGUCCUCCUUAUUCUCCAACGAUGCUCUCGAUGCUGUCUCGAAAUCCGUGUCCCCGAAUUCCGUGACCACGACCGUAACCUUCACACCAAAAUACAUCAACGAUUCUCAACUUGAUCUGAAGGCAACAUCGAUGGCCUGUUUAAAAAUCCAGGGUCUAAUGAAACAAGACAACUUGGUGUCUUUGCUGGAUGGAAAUCCCGUGCCAAGGACGCUGAAAUGGAAACUCAAAGGCUACAAGACUCUUCGAAACGAGCAAGCUGUUGACUUCGCCUUCGUUCCUGGUGCAAAGUCUUACGAGUGCGAUAUUCUACCGCGAAACGAAUACCACGAACUGGAACGGUCGAAUCGUAGAACACUACCACGUCGGAAGAGCAUCUGCUCGACGAUGGAAAACAGCGAAGAAAAUGACACGUUGUCUUUGACGACGAAAGCCAUCGAGAACAAGGCUCAGAUAGAGCGUGCGAAGAAAGUGGACGCUAAAGACGAUAAUAUCGUCGAAAAGGAGAGCAACCUGGAGCGUAGGAAUAUCUCAGACGUGGACAGACCAGCGAACGUUUCCAGUGAGGAGGCUUCUACGUGCAAGUUGCUGGCUCACGUCCUUCAAAGUGCUGGCCCGAAGAAGGAGGAGAUAAAGUACCUGCCGAUUUUGAAAUCGGAACUGUCAGCAGCAACGAGUCAGGCCAAGUGUCAGACGCAGCCAGUGGCUCGAUUUAGCUCGCGACCGCCAAAGAAAAUCCAGAAACCUCCUGCUCCGACAUUAAACCGAACGGAGAAAGAGGCUGAUAGCGCGAAAGAUGUUUCCUCGAUGGAACUCGUUGAAGAGAAGAAAGCUGUCGCGUCUCGGGAGAAACUGGCUUCUUCCCUUUCGAAACCGUUGGCUCCGAGGUACUCGGAAGUCACCGGAAACGCGUCGGAGCGCCGCUCUAUGGAAAACCGUGGAGAAGAAAGGUAUCCGAUGGAAGAUGAAGCGAAGGCUCGAGAAGCGGAGAACGACGCGAGUGCUUUUCAAUCAUCCGCGGAGAUGUCACGAACUGAACCGACGGAAUUCGCCAGAAAUUCCGGCGAAACGUCGGAGAAGAGGCAAGCUGCGUCACGGACGUCUACCUAUUUCGCUCCAAGAGCUUACGGAGGUUCCGGUCACGGCUGGAACAGGCAAUCGUCGAAGGCCGAGGGUAACCGUACGUUCGAGUCGAUAAUUGGAAUACCAGAGAACACGACCGCGCCGUUGAAGUUAACCAGACGAAACGAGAGACAAGGAGUGAAGUCGUCGCCGUGCGCCGCCACGCAAGUCAGAUUGCAGCGAAACGAAGGCAGAAGCGCGUCGAGCUCGCGAGCGAAUUCCUUCGGCAACGAUAGGUCGUCGAUGGCCGGAAGUUCAGACGGAGGCUCUCGAAAACCACCGGCUUCGUUCGCCCCGUUUACGACCAAACGAUCGUCCUCGAAUUCCUCUUGUUUGUCGAGGAAGCUGGCGGUGUCGAAGAGGACUGGCAACGGAUCGAAAAGCGCGUUCAACUCGAACAACUCCACGCUGAAUAUUUCCACUUCCAGCGUGAAUGCAGCGAGGAAGUGUCGCGAUAACGACGCCAGAUGCCCGAGGGCGAGAAAGUGCGAGCAAGAGAGGCCGAGGAGUAAAAAGGAUAAAAAGAUUUGCAAACGUUAUUGCUGUCCUGCGUUGCAGACGCCGACUCACUGCGAUUAUAGCAGGUUCCAGUGCCCGAAACACAAGAUUAAAAAUGCUACUCAGAUAGAGAAAUACGAAGUGAAGAAAGAUCCCACGUGUAUGCCGAAUGAGAAGGACGAGGAUUCGAGAGAGUUUUGCACGACUCUGGAGAGGAGCAGGGCUUCUGAUCGGGAUUGCAAGAGGCAAACAGAGAGGAAAUGCAGCAGAGGGAGGAGAGAUCGAAGUUGCGAUAGGAGGCGAAGAAGAUCCUGCGAGCGAGAAGAGCGACGAGACUGCUCGAGACAGGAGGAGGGUCGUACGAUCUGCACGAAGCCGAGGAAAAGAGACACGUCGUGCAAACGUCGAAGGAAAUGCAACGAUCGCGACUGCGACAGAAGAUCGGCGAAAUGCACCGGUAGGAGAAACUACACCCAGUCGGCAUUUUCAAAUCAUUCCACGAACGUCCCGAAGAACGUGAAACGCUAUUCCUCUUUGCCAGCCUUCGCCUUCCCUCUGAUCACUAUGAAAAACAGUAAAGAGGCGAAGCAGAGCCUGUUCGUUUCACCGUCUAUAUGCAAAUUCCUGCAAUCGCCGCUGGUUCGUUCGAAAAGCGACGACAAAUGCAAGAAACCAUCGUCCAAGUGCAAGCUGGCAGGUGGCAAAGACGAAGACAAGUGCAAGAGACCGUCUGCAAAGUGUAAGCUGAACGCUGACGCCAAAUGUAAAAAGGCGGAUAGCUGCAGGAAGGAGAGCACUAAAUGUAAAAAAGAGGAUCCAUGCAAGAGAGUGAGGGGAACUUGCGAAAAGAAGAAGGAGGAUCCUUGCAAGAAAACAAGAGGAACCUGUGAAAAGAAGAAGGAAGAUCCUUGCAAGAAGAUGAGAGCUACUUGCGGGAAGAGAGAAGAUCCUUGCAAGAAGACGAGGACUACUUGUGGGAAGAGGGAAGAUCCUUGCAAAAAGACGAGGACUACUUGUGGGAAGAGAGAGGAUCCUUGCAAAAAGAGGACAAGCUGCGGUCCAGAAGUAAAGAAAGUGGAGGAUCCUUGCAAGAGAAUAAGAUCAGCCUCCGAGAAGAAGGAUGAUCCUUGCAAAAAAGCCAGCAGGUCCAGCUGUUCCACCAAGGGCGAUCCUUGCAAACCAUCUGACAAGCUAAAAUGCAGUGCUGUGACGGAUACCAAGUGUACAUUGGAAGAUUCCUGCUCGAAAAAGAGAGAACAAAUGUGCCAAGAAAGAUGCAUGGCAUCGUCCACAGCCUCCGAAUCGGCGAAAGAGAGGCUGGAUAGAGAACGAAAGGAGGUAGAGGAGUGCAAGAAGCGCGUUAAGAAAAACGACCACAAGAAGAAAAAGGAAUCUGCGACUGGUUUAAAGUGUGUCACCAACCCUUGCAAACAACAGCUGAAGAAGGACUCUCAGUCAAAGUUCGCGUCCAUUGACCUACCCUUACAAAGCUUCGUGAACGGUAUAUCGAACACGUGUAUGAGUCAAGGCAGCAAUUUGCUAAAUCUUCCGCGGGAUCGAUCGUAUUCCAUCUUGAACUCGGCCAAUCAUGACGAAGUCAAUAGGGAAACGGAUCCGCCAGAGCCCACUAGGAAUUUUUGGAGCUUCAACGAUGAAAACGUAGAGCCAAUGAUUAUACCUCCGAUGGUUAAUGAACCUCAAGAUAAUGCACCAGAGGAUGUUCAUUCGGGAUCGACAUCAAAUUGGCUCUUUUCGUGGUUCAACUGUAAAUAUUGAAACUAUUCAUUGGCUUGUCAACGAAACGACAAUCUAUCAAUUUCCAAUCAUAUCAAUCGUAUCAACAAUCAAUUUUUAAAUCUACUUUAUUUGUAUUUGCACGUUGUUUUAGAAUGGUCUUCGAAAAAAGCCAGAUUGGCAAACCUAUACACAAAACAUAUCUACAUUGUAUAUUGAAACCAUAUUUUACGUGUACUAUCGUAUAUGAAAAAGCAAAAUUAUAGCGUACGCAAAAUCAAAGUUAGAAAUCAAAGAAGCAGGGAAUGCUACUUAUUUGGAGCGAAUAAAAGGUAAUUAAUUGUUUUAUUUCUUACAGACGAGAAAACGUUAAA